AUCGCAAUUCAUUUUCAAAGAAAACGUACGUAACGUGUGCAAUUUCAAACAAAUUAAAGUUUUUAAAAAACAAACAUUUACUAGAUGAUUAAAUUGCAUUCUGUUUCAUUGGUUUCGUUCUUCGAGUAAAAAAGAAAGGAAUCAUUAAGUUAACAAUGAGAGCUUCUUACCGCUCGAAGUCUGCCUAUCCAUCUGUUAGCACAGGUAACAGUCAUGGAGCCUUAGGUAACCUCUUCGAAAAUGCAUUUAGAGAUGGAUCUGUUUUAUUCUUAAAACGUCCAGAUGAUAUGCCUCUCAAAAAAAGACGCUUUACAACCGAAGCCAUUCCCGAAAAAAGAAAUAAAAAUAUUAAAACAAGAGAAGUUGAUGGAUUACUUAAAAAUUUGGAAAAUUUUUAUAAAAACUUUGACCCUAGUCAAAAACGCGCAACGAGAGCAAAUGUUAAUUAUAAUACGCGCUCAAACAAUAUUAAUACGCUUCAGAUUGAGACGAAAAAGACUGACAAACGAGACAAUGUAAAUAAAAUAAAUAAAAGCAAGCAAUCGGCUGGAGGAAAAGUUUGUAAGAGAACAAAAAAAGCUUCUCGGUUCGUCGAUACAGCUGUGCAACUGAAAUCGCCAGGAAGAAAGCGACAAGCACUUAAAAAAAGUUACAUUUUCUCACGAUAUCCUCAAGACUGUCGAGUUGUAACAGUCGAUUCAAACUUUAACAUUCAAUUUUGUAUCAUGGCUGAUAGCACUGGUUUGAUAUUUUUCAAACCAUCAACUAAUCGCAAGAAUUCUUCAUCAGCACGAAAAAUCACCAUAUUGAUGCUUCAGGGAAAGUUAUCAAUUUAUUUAAGUAAUGAUCGAGAAACUAUUUUGGUGGAAAUGACAGCUCAUUCCUUUUUACAAAUUCAGCCGGAAACUAAUUAUGAAAUGAAAAAUGAAACAAAUGAUGAUGCCGUUUGUUUCUUCAUGAAAGACGAUGAAAAUUAGAAAAGAACAAAUAUUCUUUUAAACAAAACUCUUAUUCUUUUUUUUUUAUUAUUUAUUCUAAUACUCAGGUAGAGCUAAAAGACUGAAAAAUCUUAAUUAAGUUUGAAUGAAAAUAAAACAUUAUUUACAAUAUUGAGGAUUAAAUAAUCAAUAACAAAUUAUUUUACAAUUCCUUUCUAAUUCAA